CAAUAAUCGGGAUACGAAUCUUUUACAAAUUGAAUCAAAACGCAUUGAUUAAGAUACGGAUAAGAUUAUAGAUAAAAUUAUUGAUACAAAUUAAAUUUUAAAAUUAUGUAUUGACUUUUGGUAAACGACAAUGUGUUGAUCUAAUCUACUAAAGGAGUUUAAACUGCAGAGAAAUGAUCAUAUCUAAUAAUCAAGGUUUAAACCCAGCGUGUGUUCAUAUACCUGUGAAGGGUUUCCAAAAUAUUUACAUUUAAAUCCAAAUAAAGCCUAUCCUUCGUAUACUAUAAGAAAACGAAUUGAGUGUGUGUAAGUAAAGAAGUAGUUUGAAGACGAACAUACGGACUUAAUUACGUUUUUAAAGGAAAAUGGUAAUUUUCAGACAUGAAACGCCGCCUUGGUGGCGAUAGAGUAAUGUUAAUGUAUUAUUUUGUUGCAGAUACGGUUUUUGUGUUAACAAGUGUGGUAAAAAGUUGAAGGUAAGUUGAGAUAACUUAAGUGAAUGUUAUAACUAUGAAAACCUGACAAGGAUAUUUACGUGUGUGCAGUGGUAAAUUGUUAAAGAAAUGUCAAUGUCGGAUAAAAGUACAUGGAAUAUUAAAUACAUGAAUUGAAAACAGCAAUUCUUAUAAAGGUAGUAGGAAAGUUGAAAAGUGAAAGUGAGAAAGAAAGAAAAAAUAAACAUCAAAAUUAAAGAAAUAACAAGUGAAUAACAAGAUGCAUUUGGAUAUAUUUACCGCGUACACAUUAUGGAUAACUAUUUCGGUGACCCUGGUGGUUCAGCCAAGUCCAGUAUUUUCACAAUCACAGUGCAGUGAUGAUCUCACUAUAUCCGUAAAUCCCGAUGCUGACGUCAAGUUUACGGUGAUGACGUCACUACGAAAUGCUGUCAAAGGAAAAUGCGGAACAGACAUCAACGUGAACGCUUGGCGAGACAUCAGUGUCAUGGAGUGGGUCGUCAAUAAGAUGAACGACGCCAACUUUACUGAUGUCGUCAAAAUAGGUUUCGACGUGAUAGACACAUGUGGCCUUUCCCGGAAGUCGUUGUCUGCGGCGUUGCACGUGCUAGACGGCCCCGUCCUUGGUACCGCUUCCUGUGGUGCAGUAGAUGUGUGCAAUAUAGGUAUUAUUGGCCCGUCUGAAAGCGAAAGCGCAGAAGCGGCCAUGUACGCAGCUUCCGGUAGCCAGCUUCCGGUUGUUAGUCCAUACGCUACUUCCAGGAAUCUCACACGGUUUUCGAACUUUUUCCGGACUCUGCCAUCAGAUGAUCAAAUCGUUGAGGGUGUACUUGCUGUUUUAAAGAGUCUUGGCCUGACGUACGUUGCAGUCGUGCACGAAGAUUCCGCGCAUGCGCGUGAUGCAGCUUUCGACCUACGCACACGUGGCCGGCAGAGUGGUAUUUGCGUGGACACUGUCAUAGAGAUCAAGGAUUUUGUUACGGCGGGCGUGAACCAGCUCAAAGACCAGCGAGGGCGAACCAAGGACGGAACGUUACGAGUGGUUUAUUUCGGCGGAAUACAAACGUUCUUAGAUGUUCAACGUAACCUUGACCAACGGCAAGUGGACUUUACGGGAAUUUCCUGGCUUAUUGUUAAACAACCGGAAAACGAUACCCAAGAUUAUGACGUCACAAAUUUCAAACCGGAAACUAUUCUUUUCACCAUUUCUAACGAAAACGUUUCGGAAGUUUACGACUUUGUGUGGCAGAAGUUUGAAAAUGUGAAUCAAGCGUCUGUUGCCAAUGAUGAUCCAAUUGGAAAGGCAAUUGCUAAUUGUACCGGAAGUGCACAGAAGCCAUUACAUCCACCAAACGCUCAUUUUGCACCGGUGAUCGAUGCACUCUUUGUAAUGCUGAACGCUUUUCAAAGACAAUUUCGGCUCCAUUGCCGGGAUCCGAACGCUUUAUGCAAGGACAUUCGAGAAGAAUUUAACUUUAUGUCGGAGGUGCUCAAAUUCCCCGUGCAGUAUGCGGACUUAAGCACCCGUCUUGGAGUAACUGUGGAAGAAUUUGCCGCCGCCGACAGGUUUGUCAACUUCUCGGCGGAUGGAGAUCUAUUGUUGGACGCUCAAUCGGAUAUCUUCGAUGUUUGGUUCAUAGAAUCCCAGUCUUUAUUGAAUAAGAUUGGCGUCAUAAGGUCAAGCGGCCUAAAUCUCACACUGACACCGGAUGUAGUAAUCUCCGAGUCCCGGUGUGGAGCUACCUGUCCAGCAUGCGUGGAGACACCGGAAGUCUCGUUCGCCUUCAUAGAAGGCGAUACGUACCUCUUAGGAAUCAUUUCCGCCCACGAGACGGAAGCAGAUUUUCCCUUUCAGUGUACCCAGGACCUGCGCAGUAUGGACGUCCUCGUCGUGGAAGCGUUUUUAAAUACUGUUAAUAUGAGCUCAAACGGAGCGGGGCUCAAACUUGGUGCCUUAGUGUUAGACGAUUGUUAUAGUUCUGCGCGAAUGGAACUGAUCUUGACGAAACUUAUGUCGGGGGAAACGCUUCUGACUAAUCCUAAUAACAAGGAGCCUUUGAAUAUAAGAGAUAAAGUUGCUGCCGUAGUAAUGACAGUCAGUAGCACGGUGACCAAGGUGGUGGCGACGCUUAUGGCGGAGUUUGGAAUACCGGUUAUUUCCGCUUCCGCUUCGUCGCCGGAUCUUGACGAUAGGGUCAAUUUCCCUUACUUUUUACGGAAAGUCGUAAGUGACGUCGAGCAAGCGCGUGCUAUGGUGAAGAUCGUUAAACGUAUGGGCUGGCAGUACGUGAGUAUGUUGUACGUCACGAACAACUAUGGAAGUAAGGGCAAGGAGGCGUUCGUGGAGGAAGCUGCGAAAAAUGGAAUUUGCGUUGCCGAUAAAGUCGAAGGGAUUCCGGAUGUGGAUGUUACGGAUAGUAGUCUUCUGGAACUGUACACGCGAAUUCAAAAUCAUAAAACGGAUGUUGUUGUGUAUUUUGGAACGGAAGCUAGAAUUAAGGAGUUUUUAGAAUUAAUUAAUACAAAUCUUCCGUUUGUAUUUUUAGCUAGUGAGGACUGGGGUGACAACAGACAUAUACUAGAUCAAGGCCGAAAUAAAAGUUUAGGAAGUCUUACAAUGAAAAAUGAAGUGAAUGACAUCAUUGCAGACGAGUUUAAGCAAUAUCUGACACAGUUAUCUCCUUCCACAGUGAAUAUGUCAAGAAAUCCUUGGCUAGCUGAAUAUUGGGAAGAUGGGUUCCAAUGUGACCUGGAUUCAAGCAUAACAAACAAGUACUCUGAAAAAUGUCAGAACGAAUUAAGAUUAAGUGAUACAAAUAUUAGUGAUGCUAUCAUUGAUCAACGGAUUUUGCAUACAAUUGACGCAAUACGAGCUGUUUUUGUGGGCGUACUUGAGGCCAAAAAUGAGUUUUGUUCCUUUGAAAAUACUUUCCCAUGUCAGCUAUACGACAAUGAGCGUCACGUGACUAAAUUCGUUUCGUUUAUAAGGAACGCUCGGUUGCUUAGAAACGGACAGAAAACACGUGUGUUUAACGACGACGGAAACGGAAAUACCGGUUUCGAUAUUAACAAUGUGCAAAGGGACAGCAAUGGGCUUUAUUACAGAAACGUCGGAUCAUUCAAACACGGAUUUCUGUCUCUAAACGUCGACGAUAUCAAAUUCUACCGCGACGGUAUCGAUGGAAAAUGCACCGGGAAUCUAUGUGAUCACUGUGGAAACGAAACCGCCCCGACAACUACCAUGGCAACCGUAACGCAUGCGCAGUCGGUUGACAAUUCGUUUGCGCAUGCGGACUACGCAAUUAUUGGAAUUCUGGGAUUUCUUUUUAUCGUCAUAGUUGUUCUAUGCCUCAGUAUCUGCUGCUACUUUCGGCGUCGUGUUAAAGAACUACAACAGAAAUUAAUGGAGGUCAAGCACGAACUGCGGACCGGAUAUUCACUACAGAACGGCUCAGCUAUCUCAGCCGCCCACACCAUGCCGCCAUAUCCAGAAAAAGGAUUCCUAAACCCGAGUCCCAGCGGUGAAACAAUGUACGAGUUUAACAAAACGAACGCCGUUUUAAACGGGGGUGGGCGCGGAAUGGUUAACGGCGGGAUCGUCAACAGGGGCUUCGUUGGUGACAUGUAUAUUCACGCGCGGAGCGACGACGACCCCGACACGUCGGCAUCUUCGAACCAAGUACAGUCAAACCACAGACGGCCGAUGACGCAAACGACGACAUUAAAUGAUAUCGAAGGAUCCCCGGGGUAUCGUCCGCCGUCGUCACACUACGGACGCAUGCGGUCGAACAGCAGCUUCAAACGCACGGAUAAUCCGCACAAUGCGCACAACGCUCAAAUUAAAAAACAACCACGUACGCAGCUAGCCGUCCCUCCGUGCAGACCGGAACUUCCCCCGCGCGACGCGGACCAGCCAAAAAUUCAGCAAAACCAAACUGUGUAUCCUGAACAAUUUGAACAAUUUGAAAGUGCUUCUCCAACCGUUCCUAAGGAUAAAAUCCGGAACGGAUGGAGCAAUUCAAAGCGAGCGGUGUCCUCACCGACGCAUUAUGACGCUUCAAGUUUUGACGCCUCACCGACGUAUAAAGACUCCGCGGCCAGAAUUUCGUAUUCGCCUCCGCCGCAAUACGGACACAAUUAUAACAGGACGUCUCCUACCGAGACAAUGGAUUUAAAUGCUUCCAUGGAGAAAAUCUCAAGAGUUUAAGAUACUAACUGUGUAUUUCAAUACAGAUAUAAGGGUAACGCGAACAAAGUUGUCGAAAGAUUUACCGUGUUUGUACGUGCCAUUGAGGAGACCGAAAAUAUCAUGCUGGACGAUAUCGGAAACGGCCGAAAAGGUGUUCGGGAACAAUCGGCACAUAAUAACGACGAUGGGUGGGGAGGGGGUGGGGGCGAUGAAAUUAAUAUACUCAGAAGUGUUUUCAGAUGUCAUUAUGUAAAUUAAUAUUUGUACAUUACCUUUCUGCUCAAAGCAGAUAUUGUGGCCAUUAGUAAUAUUUGUAUUAUAAACAUGCAUAUUUUGUCUGGCAAAUGGCAUCAAUUCUGUCUAAGACGCAUUUUACUGAAAGAUUUAUGAUUUAUUACAUAUCAUAAGUGUUCUAUUUGUCAUGUGUUUUGUUUUCGUUCUCAAAAUAUAGUUAACUGUUAUGUCUCUUUUACACAUUAUAUAGUUAAAUAUUUAUGAUUAUAAAUAAAAUUUUAAAUA